AUGGAACCUGGCAAACCCAAAGCUGCCUUCUCCACGCCCCCUGACUUCACAAAGAAGCCAGCAUUGUUCAAACAGGGGAAAGAUGAUUUGAUCUUCAUCAUUGGGCAGCAGGUUGAUGCAGUUGACAUCGUUUCGUACGAGGGCCAGACUGCCCCGUAUUGCUAUCAAAUGGCCACCGCUAAGACUCUCCUCACUUGGGCUAACUAUAUCGCCAAGGGAGAGUUCUGGGAUGCCAGCCAGUUCUGGACCAAGAGCGUCAAACUCCUGAAAAAGGGUGCUGCUUCUCAUCCUGCGGGCAAGGCAGAUGCCCCAGAGGGAUACAUGGUCUUUGAACGUGCUAGUCGUAUUGUCUUGAUGAGGAAAAAGGGUACACAGAUUGAAGAGUGGGCGGUCAUUUAUGCGCGUGAGAACCCAAAUCCAGGUUAUUUCGAUGUCCUGCGGAAGAUUGGAAAGCAAUUUCUGCUGGUCCCCAAGCUCUUCUGGGGGCCAAAGGCGAAGCUUUGA